ACCAAUCACGACACAGAACGCAGGGAAGAGCAGCGGUAGCUGUUUUAACCUCACUUAUGGAUUCAUCUAUCUAACAUUUUGAGCUGUGCAUCUAUUUUCAGAUAGUUACCAUUAAUUGCGUGACUAUCUACCAGAUCUAGAAACACCGUCGGGAAAUGUCACAUAGCGACUAGACAGUGCACUGUUGAGCGAAGUAGUCUGCCUGCCUACCUUUGAAGUCUACCCCGUUGCGCACUGGCUAUAUGCUUGGUCAGUCUGCUCUUCCGUGUGCCUCUUGGUGAAUGGGACGUUGUAAAACGGCAUUAACCGACUAUUGUUGGAUAAAUGACUCACUCAUGAAAGUCUCUUCGAGGUCUGCGGACAGAGCCAGCGGCUGUAUGGGAAAUGAAUGUGACCGGGAAACAGCUACCUGAACAGAUAGAGCGUCCAGCCAGCCUCUUGGUUCCAAUUUGGCAGACAAAAUCUGGAAUUGCCCUGCUGUAUAACAAGGAGACCAGUAAUACUUAUGAUGUCCAUCUAAAGCUGACAAAAGAGGUGUUGACCAUACAGAAGCUGGAUGUGGUUUGCACGAGAGGGGGUGACCCACAAUUAAAUCACAGAACUGUCGUACUCCGAAGACAGGCAGCUGGAGGUCUGGGUAUAAGCAUCAAAGGCGGUGCUGAGCAUAAAGUGCCUGUGGUCAUUUCAAAGAUGUUUAAAGAUCGAGCAGCAGAUCAAACUGGGAAGCUAUUCGUCGGGGACGCUAUGUUACAGAUCAAUGGCAUUAAUGUUGAACAUUGUAGUCAUGAAGAAGUUGUUCAUCUCCUGCGGACUGCCGGGGAGGAAGUCACCAUCACUGUGCGGUACCUCAGGGAAGUUCCAUCUUUUCUAAAGCUCCCAUUGGGCUCUCCUGUACCACCCGCUGAUCAAAGUAGCAGAGUAUCUUCACCACUAUUUGACAGUGGUUUACAUUUAAAUGGGAAUUCUAGCAACACAGCUCCAUCCUCGCCUUCCUCACCCUCGGCUAAUGAACCAAAGUAUGAGAAGCGUUGGCUGGAUGCAGUGUCCCUACCCUUGCUGAUGGCCCGAGUCUCCAAAUACAAAGCCGGAACGGAUAAAUUAAGGUCAAACAGCUUUGAAGUCUGCGCCUUAGAUGGAACGAGCAUCAAUAUUCUACAAUUUUGCACUGCAGCAGAAAGCACUGACUGGCUUCAAGCAAUAUCAACCAAUAUCAGUGAUUUGACACUGGAGAAUAUGAAAAUGAUUAACAGAUAUUGCUCUCCGGAUGAUCAGAUUGUCCACAUGGGUUGGGUGUGUGGAAACCCACAUCCUGAUGAUGCUGCUCCAUCCAGUACCUUCAAGUUCCUGGCAUUGAGAGGCCCUUGGCUCUACAUCUUCAGGAGUCCUCCUGUUAGUGCAACUGACUGGGGACAAGCUGACACCCUGUAUAUCCUUUAUGAGGUUCUGUUCAAGGUUCACAAGCUGUGGAUGGCAGAGGACUGUUGGAUCCAGGCCAAGUUCUACCUUGGCCUCCAGCAGGAUGAGGAGCUGCAGGACGGAGAGCCUUUCUGUUUCAGUAUCCUGGUCGGCCACGGCCAGAGUCACACCUUCAGUGUGGAGAUGACCUCUGACCUCGCCGUGUGGGAGAAGUCCUUCCAAAGAGCUGUCUUCAUGGAGGUGCAGAGAGUCGGGUCAAAGACCUACAUGUGCAGCAGCCAGAGUAAAGUACUGUGUUUGACCAUAGACUUUGGAUCUGGCUUCACUUGUUCUGAGAGCUCCUCGAAGAAGAUAUUAUGGAGAUACAAAUUCUCUCAACUGAAAGGCUCCUCUGAUGAUGGGAAAACAAGGGUGAAACUCCUCUUCAAGAACGCUGAAAACAAACAGAUCGAGAUGAAGGAGCUGGAGUUCUCCAAUCUGACGGCAGUCCUCCAUUGCAUUCAUUCUUUUAUCGCUGCCAAAGUGGCCUCUGUGGACCCUGUCUUUGUCAACAGUCAAAGCAUCUCUGGAAAGUACAUGAUUUAGACACUUCUUUGUGUUGUCAUGUACAGUUUAGUCACAUGAGCUAAUUGACUAUUUUAUGCACAUUCAAAUUAAAUUGAUGUAUAUCUUGUUCCUGUUAUUUUUGUAAGGCUCUUGUUAAAUAAUAAUACGGAAAAUAUUUUAAAAAACCAUAUUUGACUUUGGAAGUAGAGGAUAUUUAUACUUGCAUUAAUUGGUUGUUAUUGACAUUACAGUAUGAAUAUGCUCAAAAUUAUAGAUUUUUUUUUCCAUGUAAGAAAAACAUAUUCAUGGGUUGCAUGUUUCGUCAUGAUAUUGUUUUGAGCGUUCGUUUUCAACUGAGCAUUUUACUCAAAGCAUUGUCAAUGAGCGCUGAUGAAGAUUUCAUCAUAAGUGCAUUACAGUAGCUUGGAAAUUCAAAAGGAGGCAAAUAAUUAAUAGGAAAACCUUUUGUCAUCAUUUUGACAUCACCAGAUUGGCUUUAGAUGCAGUGUAAUGUUAGCUAGCUAGCUAAGAUUGAGGGAAGGCCACCAGAUUGGCUUUAGAUGCAGUGUAACGUUAGCUAGCUAGCUAAGAUUGAGGGAAGGCCACCAGAUUGGCUUUAGAUGCAGUGUAAUGUUAGCUAGCUAGCUAAGAUUGAGGGAAGGCCACCAGAUUGGCUUUAGAUGCAGUGUAAUGUUAGCUAGCUAGCUAAGAUUGAGGGAAGGCCACCAGAUUGGCUUUAGAUGCAGUGUAAUGUUAGCUAGCUAGCUAAGAUUGAGGGAAGGCCACCAGAUUGGCUUUAGAUGCAGUGUAAUGUUAGCUAGCUAGCUAAGAUUGAGGGAAGGCCACCAGAUUGGCUUUAGAUGCAGUGUAAUGUUAGCUAGCUAGCUAAGAUUGAGGGAAGGCCACCAGAUUUGCUUUAGAUGCAGUGUAAUGUUAGCUAGCUAGCUAAGAUUGAGGGAAGGCCACCAGAUUGGCUUUAGAUGCAGUGUAACGUUAGCUAGCUAGCUAAGAUUGAGGGAAGGCCACCAGAUUGGCUUUAGAUGCAGUGUAAUGUUAGCUAGCUAGCUAAGAUUGAGGGAAGGCCACCAGAUUGGCUUUAGAUGCAGUGUAAUGUUAGCUAGCUAGCUAAGAUUGAGGGAAGGCCACCAGAUUGGCUUUAGAUGCAGUGUAAUGUUAGCUAGCUAGCUAAGAUUGAGGGAAGGCCACCAGAUUGGCUUUAGAUGCAGUGUAAUGUUAGCUAGCUAGCUAAGAUUGAGGGAAGGCCACCAGAUUGGCUUUAGAUGCAGUGUAAUGUUAGCUAGCUAGCUAAGAUUGAGGGAAGGCCACCAGAUUGGCUUUAGAUGCAGUGUAAUGUUAGCUAGCUAGCUAAGAUUGAGGGAAGGCCACCAGAUUGGCUUUAGAUGCAGUGUAAUGUUAGCUAGCUAGCUAAGAUUGAGGGAAGGCCACCAGAUUUUAGCCAGCUAACAUUACCAUUGCUAAAAAAAGAAUACAAACUUUGAUAGCUAAUGACAACAUUGCCAUUUGUCUACAGUAAAUUUGACGACAUGAUAAUUCUGGCAAUGUUGUUUCCUACUAAAUAUUUGAUUACUUUAUCAGUCAUCAUAUUUCCAGGCACUAUCGUGUAAUUUAGACGAAACAGUAGUUAGCCUGGGCGUAUCACCACUAUGGCGGCGCCGAUAGACGACGGCUUGAGAACGUUCAUGACGGCAUGACGCGUCCCAGUGACGGAGGUACAACCUAUGAAUAGGCCUACAGUCACAAAGAGGGUUUCUAUGUUCUAGGUUCACUGCAAAGUUUUGAAUUCAGGUGUAGUUUUUUUUUUUUUUCUCCCAUAUUUGCAAAGUAAAAGCAGAACAGAUUAUACUGUACAAAAUCAAUAUACGUGAAAACAUUUUGGAAUUAGUAUUCUACUGGGCUAUACUCUGGUUGAUUUAACUUAUUCCACGACUUCAGCAUGACUUCAGAGCGUGACUGCUGCGUGAUUUUGGAAAAAGAGUGUCUAGAGAGUUUUGUGUUGAGGCGCACAAAUGCAGGGCUUGGUGGAGGCGUUCAUGACACCAGAGGGUGUUUUAGUUUAUGUAGACAGUCACUGCUAGUCACUCCCAUAACAAAGGGUUGUGUGGAAGGACACCGGGGAAGAAGAUGCAGGCUUAUUGUAGCAAAGCUAUCUUAGGAUACCGUAUCUGUCAGAUGACUAAAAUGAUAGUUUAUGAAAUGAAAUCAACAUGUAUGUUUUAAUCUUUUACUUUAUGAAGCCAUGCAGUCUGACAGUCAUUACAAACGCUUACCAUCAUACACAUCUGUAUGUAUUUUCACUCAGUCUCUUUUGUUUUAUUUUCUAUUACUAAAUAAAUCCCAAAUCAUUCCUC